AUGGAGCUGCUCGGCGGCUCCACCACUGUCGAAGUUUCUGACCACGUUUUCGGUGGCAGUGGCGGCGGUGGAGGUAGCAAUGGUGGCCAGUACGCCUACUACAACCUCAAUGGAAAUGGCUCCAUGCACCACUCCUCACACAUGAGCGAAGAGCAAUGUCAGUUAAAGAAGAAUCACAUGAACAAUGGAGGGGGACAGCAGUCUAGCUACCACCACUUGCAGUCCAGUCCGGCGUACAGCAGCACAGGCAGUGUGGUCAGCAACUGUCCGAUGAGUCCGAUGGAACCCAUGUACGGCAAUGGAGGAAGUGGUGGUGGUGGCAUCGUCAAGGAGGAAUUUGAGAACUUGCACACGUCCAUCUACUCGAUGCAGCAGUGCACCCCCAGCCAGUCAUCGGGCACCUCACCCCUGCUCAGCAGCCAUUCACUGCCCGACUCGCCGCCCAUCGUCAGCAGCAACUCGGCGGGCUACCACUCGGGUGGCAGUCGACACAGUCUCUCUCCGCCUAGCAUCACCAACACGCCCAACACCCCCAAUCACCAUCAUCACCCUUCUCACCCUUCUCAUCCUCGAAACGGUGGCCUGUGUAUUGCCAAAAAGUCCUCCUCCUCCUCUUCGUCAUCAUCCUCUUCGUCCACCACGUCCAGCAACGUCUGCUACGAGCUGAAGCGUGAAAUGGCCGAAAGUUCGGGUCUCAGUUUAACCGGUGCACCGUAUGCCAAGUCUCGUGCUGGCAGAAAAGGUGCCAGCAAUAUAGCCAGCAGCACUGGAAGCAACUCAGAGGCGAACCAGUUCACUGACGCCGACUCCAACAGUGGCAAUCCCUCAUCAAAGGCUUUUGUGCCCUGCAAAGUGUGCGGAGACAAGGCUUCUGGGUACCACUACGGCGUCACCAGCUGUGAAGGAUGCAAGGGCUUCUUCCGGCGAUCCAUUCAAAAGCAAAUCGAGUACCGGUGUCUGCGAGACGGCAAGUGUCUCAUUAUUCGGCUGAACCGCAACCGUUGUCAGUACUGCCGAUUUAAAAAAUGUCUAGCGGUCGGCAUGUCUCGCGACUCGGUGCGCUAUGGACGAGUGCCAAAGAAGUCCAAGGAAAAGGAGCGACUGGAGGAGAAGGCGAACGGUGUGACGCAGGCCGAGGCAGACCAGUCCUCGGUGGUGGACAUCGACGCCAAGGACCUGGCACUGUACGACACCAUUCUAACCAUCUCACAGGCGCACCAUGCCAACUGCUCUUACACCGAUGAUAAAAUCAAAGGCCUCGCAAAGAAACCCAUCUUUAUUUCCAGCGACGAGUGCUCCUCCUCACCGGACGUCGGCUCCGUCUCUGAGAGCAUGGAGACGCAGAAGAUUGAGCUGUGGGAGCAGCUGGCUUUGCUCAUCACGCCCUGCAUCCAGCGAGUGGUCGAGUUUGCCAAGCGAAUUCCCGGCUUCUCCGAGCUCACACAAGACGACCAAUUGAUACUCAUCAAGUUGGGCUUUUUUGAGGUGUGGCUAGUCCACAUCUCCAAGACGGCGGACUUUGUCGAAAAUACUCUCACCUUUGCUGAUGGCUCCUUUCUCAAUCGAAAGCAACUUGAACUAAUGUUUGACCACGAAUUUGUGGGCAACCUCUUUCACCUCAUGUCAGGCUUGAACAAUCUUGCGCUGAACGACACCGAAAUUGGUCUCUUUGCCGCCAUCAUUUUGCUACAAUCAGAUCGCCCGCAAAUAUAUGAUAUUAAAGCGAUCAAUAAAAUUCAAGAAAACGUCAUGGAGGCGCUAAAGACGCAAAUCACACGCAAUCACAGCAAUGACACGGCCACAUUCCAAAAGUUGAUGCAAAAAAUCAACGAACUGAGAGCCCUGGGCUCCAGUCACUCGCUGCACCUGCAGUGGUUCCGCUCCAAUUGGUUGCGCCUGCACUUGCCGCCGCUGUUUGCGGAAAUCUGGGACAUACCACUGCCAAAGUCGACCACCUUUGCGAGUGCCACACCGGUUGCAAACACUUCGGUAGUGGUAGUCUCGCAGUCGACCAUUUCAUCCAGAGAUCAGCAGCAGCAGCAGCAGCAGCAACAACAGCAAACAAACAGUAGUCCUCAGCUCAACAACGCCUCAAUGGCCAGUCCAAUUGAGAACUGA